AUGGCAAGUUUCCGAACAAGCGUAAAUAUCAUAGGAGCCGGCAAUGUGAGUCUUGCUUACGCCUACGAAACGAAAGAUGCGCUUUGCCUUGUAUUGACGCUGAUGAAUGGAGGUGAUCUUAAAUUUCAUCUGUACAAUUUGAUGCCUGGAGGCUUCGACGAAAGACGCGUUCAGUUUUAUGCGGCCGAAAUUACACUAGGGCUUCAACAUUUGCACAAGGAAAGAAUAUUAUAUCGCGAUCUCAAGCCUGAGAAUAUUUUACUAGACGAUUUUGGUGAGUUUUUUUUCGCCUAA